AUGUCAGAAAGUUCCUCAGGUGUGAAUACUCUGAGCAGCAGUUUUCCCAAGUCUCACUCGUCCCAGUACUCCGACCUUGGUGUUACAUACACCCCCCUCUCCGUGGACCAGAGUCCUGAUUCUGGACUUCUAUCUACACCACUUCCAUCCAGUCGCUUUCGCUUUGUGCCGUGGCAUCGUCUGGAGCAGUGUGAGGUCACAGGUGAUCAGCUGACCUGCCCCAGGGUCAGAGAAGGGCCAUCUGAUGAGGAGCUAUUUCACACAGAGGAGGAUGAAGUCUGUCUGGAGAGAGGGAGGAGGAGGAGGAGAGAGGACGAAGGGCAGAACUGGGAGGAGAGACUCCAAGAGAACUGGGAAAACUGUGUGGAGUUAAAUCUGUCCUACCAGGAUUUGGGCGACCCCUUCCAGAAGGAGAACUUCCUCAGGAUCCUCCGCCGGUUGAUCCGUGUGGAGAAGUUACAACUAGUUGACAACUCCCUAACCAACCUGAGUACUGUACGUCUGCCAAGGUGCAAAAUCCUAAACCUGCACCGAAACCACCUGGUGUGUUUGCGUCAGCUGCCAAAGCUCCCAGUCGUGGAGCACCUUUGUCUCUCUGAGAAUGCCAUUGGCUCCCUGUUGGGACUGGGAACACUGGGAAACAGCCCACUGCGCUCCCUAAACCUGACCCGCAAUCCAGUGACCUUCACACAGGAUUAUCGUGCACGUGUUUUCUCCUGUUUGCCAAAACUAGAAGUCCUGGAUGGAAUCCCAAAGCUGCCACAAGACUCUGUGCCCACCAGACUACAGCUCCCAGAAACCACCACCAUGUGCAAUAUUUUGUGAUAGUUUUUCCACAGAUGGAUGUGAAUGCAGUAACUUUUCUGAACCUGCAGCAUUUACCAAAGCAAAAGCAUGGGUUCAGGAACGUCGUCUACACCCUGAAAUUGCACUGAAGACCUUUUCAGAUUUAAUGAGACCGACUGUUUUCACAGUUCAGUCUGUGCUGAGAAUAUCAUUUCAGAUAUUAUGAUGGUAAUAUACUUGAAGGCCAUGUAGAACACUUUUCACAUAAAACAAUUAUUAAUGUCAAUAUAUUUUUAUACGGAAAUUUAAGAAAUAAAUAGAAAUCCACA